AUGGAUGAUAUCGAUUUCUCAUCCUUAGAACAUAUUACCACACCAGUGGGCAUCAUCCAUCCUCAAACUAAAUUAGAUGUAUUCAUCAUUAGAAGUUAUUCUUUAUUUUCUAAUAACUCAAUCAUCAAUAGUAAUUUUUUACAAAGUGUCUCGAAUUCUCCACAAACUUCUUCGACGACUCCUAAUUCCAAUAACAACAAUUCAAACAAUAAUGAUCCAGAACCUAUGAAUACCACAUCAAACACGAUCCAAUACACUCAGAUUUUCCAAAAGAUCUCUAAAUUGUACAGUCUUGUUAUUUCAACAGGAUUAUUCGAUAACUCUUCUACCUCACCUAAAUCCGCCAUUGAACUUUACCAAAGGUUUCAACAAAUCAUUAAAGAAUUGAACUUGUCUUAUGAUGUUUCACCUUAUAGCAAAUAUUUUAUCAAAAUCGAUAACAAUCUAUGGCAAAUUAAAAUAGAAAACGACUUGGCCGGUGAUGAAUAUUGGAGUUUAAUUUCAAAUAUCAUUUUCAAAGUUUAUGAUAGACAAACGGGGCAAAUGAAUAGACAGUUAUCUAAAAAUAAAAAAAAUAAUACCUCAACCAACACUUCGAACAAUACAUCAAAUAAUACAUCGAAUAAUACCCAAAAUAAUAGUGCAGUUAAUCUUGCAUCGAAAUUGGACUCUACUUUAAAUAAAAGCCAAAUCAACAAUACUAAUUCAAAUUUAGGUUCUAAUGAUUUAAUGACAAAAAAUUCUCCAAAUAACACCAGUAACAAUAACAAUAACAAUAACAAUAACAAUAACAAUAACAACAACAACAACAACAACAACAACAACAACAACAACAACAACAACAACAACAACAACAACAACAACAACAACAACAACAGCAGUAGCAGCACCAACAAUACAACAAUGAACCCAACUUUAAAUAGUAUGCUCAUGGAUGAUACACUACCACAACAAUUGACAAAACGAUUACAUAAUAUCUCCCAGGAGAUCAAUUCUCGAUCGUUGAAUGGCUAUUAUACUCAGCCUACAAGUCCAGGUUCUUAUGCAAAUUUUGAAUUCAAUGCGUUAACCAGUAAUAAUACUAAUGUAAAUUCUAAUACCGUAACGACUAGUAAUAAUAACAAUAAUAAUAACAUGAUUUCAAACCAUGUACCAACAACUGGAUCCUUGGGUGAAUUCACAGGAACUACUUGGAAAAGAAGAUCUCUAAGUUCGUUGGAUGUAAAUGUAGAUACAUUUAGUGCAGAUGCUGUGGAAGAAUUAUUACAAUUUGCGGAUUUAAAUCAUCCAACUACCAAUAAUAAUCAAGCAACUACUUCUUCUAUAACAAAUAAUGAUAAUGACAAAACAACACUUAAAACAAACAAAUUCAUAAAGAAUAAUAAUUCUACUAAUGAUAUUCCAUCUUCAAAUAAUAACAAAAAAAAUACAUCGUCCUAUUCUUCUACUACAAUUUCUACUUCUACUUCAAGUUCCACUACAAAUACAACAAAGACUAAAAAUACACGAAAUAAUAAAACUAAUAAGGUGACAAAGGGUAAAGGGAAGAACAUUACUUUAACCAAUAACAACUCCACCAAUUCAACAACCACUGCAAAACCACGUAGAACAAAGGCAACGAGGAACAAUAACAAGAAACUGGAUUCUGAAAUUACUAUGGAUGCAAAUUCUAUGAACAAGAAUGAAAAUAUUAUGAAUUUGAACAACACAGGUACUGCUCCUACUGCUACUACUACCACUAUGAACAAACAAAAUAUAAAUACAGCUCAAAAUACAUCUCAACAAAAUAGCUUGGAAAUGAAUAAUUUAACCAUGUUUAGUGAUAAUUCAAAUAAUCAUAUGAUUUCGUUGGAUUUAAUAAAUAAUAAUCAAAAUCAAAAUCAAAUUCGAAAUCAAAAUAAUAACGAUUCUACCAGUAAUUUCAAUCAAAUUGAUAAUAUUACAGCAAGUGCAAUAGCAACAGCCGAUGCCAUGUCUAAACAAAUCAAAAAUUCUUACGAUCUGAUAUUAAAUGAAAAAAAUCAACGUAUUUUGCAAUUAGAACGUGAGCUUGAAGUUCAAAGACAAGAGACUCAAUGGUUACGCAAGAUGCUUAUUGAAGAUAUGGGUUGUAUCCGAAGUUUAUUAAGUGACAUGCAAAGACCUUAA